GAACCAUAAUUAUGUCAGAAGAAUUGCAAGAUGCUUUAGAUAAUAUGUAUGAUGCUCGAAUUCCAAAACUAUGGUUUAGGAUUUCCUGGGAGUCGGCUACUUUAGGAUUUUGGUUUACUGAGCUCCUUGAAAGAAAUCAGCAGUUCAGCAGUUGGCUGCAGGAUGGCCGACCAAACCAAUUCUGGAUGACAGGAUUCUUUAAUCCCCAGGGAUUCCUAACUGCUAUGAAGCAAGAGACAACGCGCAUGAAUUUAGCAAAAGGGUGGGCACUCGACAGCGUUGUUUUGCACAACGAAGUGACCAAGAUGAUGAAAGAAGAUGUUGUUGGUCCUCCUCCUGCUGACAUCGGUGGGGUUUACAUAUACGGCCUUUUCCUCGAAGGGGCAGGUUGGGACCGCAGAAACAGUAAGCUGGUCGAGUCAGCACCAAAGGUGCUGUUCACAAGUCUUCCUGUAGUCCACGUGUACGCUGUUAGCGCGACAGCACUGCACGACCCGAAGAAGCAACAAGGGAGCGUGUACUCCUGCCCUGUCUACAAAAAGCCUCGGAGAACAGAUCUGACGUACAUUUUCUCUUUGUAUCUGAAAACAGUGCAGAAUCCUGAUCACUGGACUUUACGGGGAGUUGCACUGCUCUGCAGUUCAAAAUAA